AUGAAAAAGGAAGAGGUUUUUGUGUACCUUGCAAGACUAAAUGGCCACGUGGGCAGAGUGACCUCAAUAAGCACCAACAACGAUCCAACCAUCAUGAUUAGUUCCUCCUUCGACAAAUGCAUCAUCGUGUGGCGCAUCAUCAACGACUCUAAUUCUUACGCUGUUCCGCAACGCUGCCUAACCGGCACUCACAUCGUCAGCGACGUCGUUUUGUCCUCCAACAGCAAACACGCCAUCUCCGCCUCAUGGGACGGCGACCUCUGCUAUUGGAACAUCGCCACAGGCAUCAGCACGCACCGUUUCGUCGGUCACACCAAUCGUGCCGUGUCCGUCGCGCUCUUCAACGACUCCGUCAUCGCCUCCGGCGGUCACGACAAUACCGUCAAGGUGUGGAACGUGUUAGGGAUGUGCAAGUCGAACUCGGACAGCCACUCCGAUUGGCUCUCGUGCGUACGCUUCGUCCCGGCGACGGCGUCUCCGAGGCUGGUGACGGGGGCGUGGGACGGCAGCAUAAAGGUUUGGGACUUGGACAUGAAUAAUCGAGGCGCGUUGGUUGAGAGCUUUGCCACCUCCGGACACGAUGGUUUUGUGAAGACGGUGGCGGUUUCACCGGACGGCACGGUGAUGGCGAGUGGCGGAACGGAUGGAUUGGUGAAACUGUGGGACCUGGAACAAGGCGUUAUGCUUCAUGAGAUUGACGUUGGUUCCUUCGUUCAUAGCUUGAGCUUUUGUCCUUCGAAGUUCUUGUUGAGCAUUGCCACAGAAAAAGUUGUGAUUGUUUGGAGUUUGGAGCUGAAGAAGAUUGUUGAAGAAUUUAGCUUCCAUAAUACUUACUGCUCGAGCUUGAAUUGGAGUGGCGAUGGAAGAACAUUGUUCUGUGGUUGCACAGAUGGUGGAAUCAGGGUAUGGGAAUUCUUCACUCUCGAUUUUCCGGAAAAAAUUUAG